AUGCACUGAACAGCAAAUUUGCAAAUGGCGUUCUGUCAAAAACAACACAGAAAUUCAUUACAAUAAUUAAAAUUAUAUUUUUUAAGUGUUUCUCGCGUUAUCCUUUGUUUGUUUUGCUACGGAAAAAAAUGUGAGAUUGUCAUGGAUAAUUGAACGAAUGUGUUGUGAUGGCAUAAAACAGUGAUAGCAAAGCUCUAAACGAAAAUACACCAAAAUAGCAAAGUGUUUUUUGAUUGUCAAAAAAUAAUAUGGCACACGGUGGACACAAUAAUAAAUUACUUAGUUCGGAUAUAUCAAGACGGAAUCCCCAAGACGAAUAUGAAUUAAUCCAGAAAAUUGGUUCCGGAACAUAUGGCGAUGUGUACAAGGCGAAACGAAUACAAAGCAAUGAGCUAGCAGCUAUCAAAGUCAUCAAAAUCGAGCAAGGCGAUGACAUCCAAGUCAUUCAACAAGAAAUCAUAAUGAUGCGCGACUGUCGCCAUCCCAACAUAAUUGCAUACUUUGGAUCAUAUCUACGUAAAGAUAAGCUUUGGAUAUGCAUGGAAUAUUGUGGUGGCGGCAGUCUGCAAGACAUAUAUCAAGUAACGGGUCCGUUGAAUGAACAGCAAAUAUCCUACAUGUGCAAGGAGACGCUCAAAGGUCUACAGUAUUUGCACUCGAUGAGUAAAAUGCAUCGCGACAUAAAGGGAGCCAACAUUUUGCUCACUGAUGUCGGCGAUGUUAAGCUAGCCGAUUUCGGGGUGUCAGCUCAGAUUACAGCUACGAUAAAUAAACGUCGUAGCUUUAUUGGAACUCCGUAUUGGAUGGCACCCGAAGUGGCAGCUGUUGAACGAAAGGGUGGAUAUAAUCAAUUAUGUGAUAUUUGGGCAUGUGGCAUAACGGCUAUUGAAUUGGCAGAACUUCAACCACCCAUGUUUGAUUUGCAUCCGAUGCGAGCUUUAUUCCUGAUGUCGAAAAGUGGCUUCAAACCACCCACGUUAAAGGAUAAAGACAAAUGGUCGCCGACGUUCCACUCAUUCAUAAAAGUUGCUUUGACGAAAAAUCCGAAAAAGCGACCGACUGCGGAACGAUUAUUGGCGCAUCCGUUUGUUACGACUGAAAUGUCUAUGCGAGUAGCCAAAGAAUUGCUGCAGAAAUAUCGUAAUCCUAAUAUGUGUUUCCAAUACUCGGAUUGUGACGAGGACGGAGCAGUAGCGAAUGUACCGCAACGGAUUCCUAGCAAAGCCACGUCCCGAUCGAAUGGACAAAAUCAAAAUCAUACGCUUAAUUCUGGUUCAUCGUCACAAUGGAACGACAGGUCAUCUAGUCCGGAAACGUUAGCUAGCGACAUAAUUAAUGGUAGUGCACCUCGAAUUACCGGUACACUUUUAUUUCAAAUGACUUUAAGGAGUCUCUUACAGUAUAUUGAUGAGGAACUCAAACUAAGAGCAACACUUCCUCUCACCGACACCAAAGAAUUACUAUCACCUGACUGCUUAUGUUCCCAUUCCUCAAAUCACAAUGGCAGCAAUGCCAUGAACGAUCUUACCAAUAUAUCAAAUGCAUGCUGUAGUGAUGGAUGCGAUGAACAUUGUGUUUUUAGCGACGAACCAAAUCAGAAUGGCAUUGAAGAUCCAUCGCCACGUCGACAUAGUUCAAUGGAUCAGUUAAUGGGUCUGCUUCACGAAAUGGGCAAAUCAAGACAGCGAAGUCUAAGCGAUGGACAAGAUGAAGAUAAAGAAACCCAACCUGAUUUGUUGAACAACACACCCCCUGUGCCUCCGAAACGAUCACAUCGAAGACGACACACACCACCAAGACCCGUGUCUAAUGGUUUGCCGCCAACACCGAAAGUGCAUAUGGGAGCUUGUUUUUCGAAAAUAUUCAACGGUUGCCCUUUACGAAUCCAUUGUACCGCUUCAUGGAUACAUCCGGAGACUCGAGAUCAAUAUCUACUGAUUGGUGCGGAAGAAGGCAUUUUUCAUUUGAACAUGAACGAAUUGCAUGACGCUGCCAUCGAUCAAAUGUAUCCACGUAGAACUACUUGGCUGUAUGUGAUCAAAGAUGUGCUAAUGAGUCUGUCCGGGAAAAGUUCACAGCUGUAUCGUCACGAUUUGCUGGCAUUACAUUCGAAGCAAAACCAUCGAUUCUCGUUACACAUGAACAAAAUUCCGGAGAAGUUGGUACCGCGAAAAUUUGCACUGACAACGAAAGUCCCGGAUACAAAAGGUUGCACACAAUGCUGUGUGACGAGAAAUCCAUACAACGGUUACAAGUAUUUAUGCGGUUCACUGUCAUCGGGAAUAUUUUUGAUGCAGUGGUACGAUCCGCUAAAUAAGUUCAUGUUGUUAAAGCAGUGUGAUUGGCCGUCAUUGACUUCGUUGUCCGGCGUCAAUCCAGCUGUAAAUGGAGGCAUUACAAGCGUAUUCGAAAUGAUAAUCACUCCGGAACUAGAAUAUCCUAUUGUUUGUACCGGCGUUAAAAAGGCGGUCAACGGUGCGGUCAAGCUAGACUUGAUCAAUAUGAACAGUGGCGCCAGUUGGUUCCAUUCGGACGAACUUGAAAUGGAUGGUACAGCAACGAUGAUACCGCGUCGGGAUCCAAUUAAAGCCGUCAAAGUAUUUCAGCUGGAAAAGGAUGCGAUACUGGUAUGCCAUGGAAGCAAUAUUCAAAUUGUUACAAUGCAAGGGAAUCUUAGACAGAGCAAGAAAUUAGUGUCACAAUUGCACUUUGACUUUUGUAUAGAUAGUAUAGUAUGUUUACCAGACAGUGUAUUAGCAUUCCACAAAAAUGGCAUGCAAGGUAGAUCGUUACGAAAUGGUGAAAUUACGCAAGAAAUUACCGAUUCCAGUAGAACGUAUCGACUUCUGGGCAGUGAUAAAGUGGUCGCCUUAGAGAGUCAACUACUUCGUACUGGAUCAUUAGGUCACGAAGAAGGACACGAUUUAUACAUUUUGGCCGGCCACGAGGCCAGUUAUUAAAAUAAAAAUUAAAAAAAAACAAUUUCUAAUUCGAUGUGGUAAUGUAUUCAUUUUACAGAAAUUUAUUUAAGGAAACUCGUUACAUUUUUAAUCAUUUUAGGUGUAAAUAAAAUAAAAUCAUGAAGAAAGUAAAAUUAAUCAAUUUGUACAUUUAAUCAUUUCGAAAAAGAGAGAAAAAAAAUUAAAAUUUAAAAUUUUUUACACAAAACGGGAUAAGAAUGAAAAGAAUCAAAAUUUAUGAUAAAAUCGCGAGUUGCGAAAUGAUUUAUGGUUUUUGUGUUUAGUUUGUUUCGUUUCACUUUUUUUUAUAAUAAUCGGCAUUUGUACGGAAAUGUUCUCGUGGUCGAUGAUGGGAAAAUCAAUCAAUAAAUAACAUCGACAGAUAUGCACAAAUCCUCGAAGGUUGUUGUUAUACAUCGGAUUCAUUUUUCUGUGUUAACUCAUUUACUCUUUGAUAUAGCUAUAAUGGUACAACGCAUUUUACAGUCACAUAACACAUCAAGGCAGAGUAAUUCGAAAAUUGUUUCGCUGCGAGUUCUCUAAAUCCGAUUAAAAUUGGAGAAGACGAAUUUUUAGUAGAAUCAAUUCUCAAAUAAGAAACCUUGCGUCACUAUUCAUCUAUUUGGUCAAAGUCAAAAUUGUCGCUCGUUAAUUUGUUGUAGAAAAUGAACAACCAUAGACGACGGAAGAUUUAGUUGCAUUUUUUUUUUUAAUUUGACCAUUCCCUAUUUGUAUUUUUAAAUCUGCAGAAUGAUCCUACGCGCCUUUAUUUGUCCUAAUUUUCUAUUUCACACGAUAUUGCAUUCCUAAUUUGAAACUUUCUACUCAUUUGUUGUCAUUUUCGACUUUGUGUUCCAGAGGGUUAUAGCUGAUGAGCCCGUUGUUAAUUUGAAAAGCUUCAAUGCAUGCUACUCCAACUGACAUUUUCUUUGGCUAUAUUUCGAGAGAGACAUUUCGCUUUGACCGUUCAAAUACAUAAAUCUAUCAGUAUUCAACCACAGUAAAAACUGUUUUAUUCGGAAUUAAUAAAAAAAAAUCAGCAAAAAACCCAAAAAAAAGUCACGUUACUAGGACGUAUACGUAUGUUCAAUAUAAAUUAUAAAAAAACCCGUUGCAUGCAUAUAACGUUAUGUAGACACGUAAAAAUCUUUUUAAAUUUAUCUAACAAAAAAUGGCAGGCAUUCGUUAAAAGAAUGCAAAAUGAUACACACAAACACAAAACAAACAAACAAAAUAUUUAGAAAAGAAAAUUUGAAAUCUGUAAUUAAGGUUGAAACGGAACAAUUAUCGUAGAUCAAGUCAAUGUGAGAAAUAAUUAAUAUCGUGAAUUUGUG